AUGAUGAACAAAAAAAAAGAACUACAAAAAAUUCGUACAGCUAUUAAACGUAAAGCUAUUGAAAAUGUAUAUGAAAAGCCAAUAAAAAUAAUUCGUAAAGAAUUAUCAAGUAUUGAAGACUCUCAGGUAUGUUCAUCUAAUAUAAAUGCUCUUGGAAAGUCUAUGUAUCGAGAACGACGCAAAACUUUACCUACCGUUCCAUCAACUAUAACCGAUGCUAUACAAAAAGUUAAAAUUGCUUGUAUUGAGAAUAAAUCUAACGAAGAUUUUGUUCACGUAUUUGAAGAGGAUGAAAUAAUAAUUGUAACUUGUAAAACAAAUUUAUUAUUUCUCAAUGACAAUACGGAAACUCUUUUAGCCGACGGUACAUUCACAUAUUGCCCAAAACAUUUUUUUCAGAAAUAUACAAUACAUGGUUUAACAAGAGGCCACUACGUUCCGUUAGUAUUUUGUUUUUUGCCAUCUAAAACAUUAAAAUGUUAUAUUCGUAUGUGGACAAAUUUAAAAAACCUAUGUUUUCAAUUAACAAAUACAAAUUUAAAUCCACAAUUAUUACUUCUUGAUUUUGAAGUCGGAGCUCAUAUUGCAGCGAGUAAUGUGUUUAAAAAUAUCAAAAUUAAAGCAUGCCGGUUUCAUUUAUGUCAAGCAUGGUAUCGAAAAAUAAAUUCUAUUCCAAUACUGCAUAAAGAGUACAAAGAUAAAAAUUUAGAGAUUUGA